AUGAAGCUUCUUACCGGUCUUUCCGCCCUGGCCUCGCUGGCGAGUGCCGCUUCUGUCGACCUCGACAAGCGCGAUACACCCCUCGAGGUCAAGCUUGAAAACUCUGGAAAUUCCGGUGUCAAGGCUUACCUCACCAACAAUGGAGCCGAGGCCGUCAAGCUCUUCACUACUGGUACCUUUCUCGACGAGAAGGCUGUUGAGAAAGUCGAGGUCUACUCUGUUGACUCCAAGCUCGCCUUUGAUGGUAUUCGACUCACCGUCUCGACUGUGGGUCUGACUGAAGAAUCCUUCAAGAUUGUGAAGGCGGGCGAGACCAUCGAGAUGGAGUUCGAUGCUGCUGAGUUGCACGACCUCAGCGCGGGCGGCGACUACGAGAUCCUCACCAAGGGAGCCUUCUCUACUGCCGAACUUGACUCAACUGUCAUCUCGGGAGUUCUGCCGUACAGCAGCAACAGCCUCAGCAGCAAGGUGGAUGGCAUCAAGGCCGCCACCACCCACAAGAACUUUCAGGAUAUUGCCAAACGCACCACCGUCUCCAGCGACUGCACCGGCACCCGCCGUUCGGCCACCAUCACCGCCAUCAAUAAAUGCGCUUCGUUAGCAUCUGCUGCUCGCGCCGCCGCCACAUCGGACACUGCCCGCCUGCAGGAGUACUUCAAGAGCAGCAGUUCUAGCGUCAGCAGCCGUGUCGCCGCCGUCUUUAGCCGCAUUGAAGAGGAGUGUGGCUCCACGACUUCUGGCAUCUCGACAUACCACUGCACCGACGUCUACAACUCUUGCAAGCCCGGUGUCAUCGCCUAUACGCUGUCCUCGCAGAGCUUCAUGGUCAACUGCGACAAAUUCUUCAACCAGAUGCCCCCUACUAGCAGCCGCUGCCAUGCUCAGGACCAACAGACGACCAUUCUGCAUGAGAUGACACACCUGAGCCAGAUUGCCGGCACUUCCGACUAUGGUGGUUACGGGUACAACUUUGUGCAGAGCCUGACCGCCGCUCAGAACCUUAACCACGCCGACACCUAUACGCUGUUUGCUCAGUCCAUCUUUGCUAGAUGCUGA